ACCAAGAUACCACUAGUUAAUUUGAAGAUUGCAAAUCCAAAAAUUAUAUGAGACAAAGUAUGCAAUUCUAAACAUGAUAUGAACAAAUUAAUUUUCCUAAUGAAAAUUUUAUGUUCAUACUAGCAGUAUCACCAUAUGUCUGUGCAACUUCAUCGCACGAUUCAAACCUUUGCAAGUUCUAUCAUACGAAAACCAAAAUGUUCUUUACUUGACAAAAAUAAAAAAUUGAAUGAGUUGUCAAAACUGGGUCAAACUGAUGAAGCACGAAAGAUGUUUGAUAAAAUGCCUGAGAAAGACGAGUUUACAUGGACUACAAUGGUUGCGGCAUAUGCCAAUGGAGGGAGGCUUGUUGAAGCAAGGCAAGUGUUCGAGGAGAUCCCAAUUAAGAGUUCAAUUACUUGGUCUUCUCUUAUUUGUGGAUACUGUAAGCAUGGUUUUGAAAUUGAAGGAUUUGAAUUUUUUUGGCAAAUGCAAAGUGAGGGGCAUAGGCCUAGUCAGUUUACAUUGGGAAGUAUUUUGAGAAUGUGCGCGAUAAAAGGUUUGCUUUCGAGAGGUGAACAGAUACAUGGAUAUGCUAUUAAAACUUGUUUUGAUAUGAAUGUUUUUGUAAUGACUGGACUUAUUGAUAUGUAUGCGAAGUCUAAGCGUGUCUUGGAGGCUGAGUGUAUUUUUCAAAUUAUGUCUCAUGGGAAAAAUCAUGUUACUUGGACUGCUAUGAUUAAUGGGUAUUCUCAAAAUGGUGAUGCAUUAAGAGCAAUUCAGUGUUUUAGCAGCAUGCGUGCAGAAGGGAUUGAGGCGAACCAGUAUACAUUUCCAGGUGUUUUGAGUUCAUGUGCUGCACUCACUGAUAUUAGAUUUGGAGUGCAGGUACAUGGCUGUAUUGUUAAUGGUGGUUUUGAGGCCAACGUGUUUGUUCAAAGCUCGUUAAUCGACAUGUAUUGUAAAAGUGAAGAUUUGCACAGUGCUAAGAAGGCAUUGGAACUGAUGGAGGUAAAUCAUGCAGUUUCUUGGAAUUCCAUGAUACUUGGGUAUGUGAGGAAUGGAUUUCCAGAUGAGGCACUGUCUCUGUUCAAAAAGAUGUAUGCUUGUGAUAUGGAAGUGGAUGAGUUUACGUACCCUUCAGUUCUGAAUUCCCUUGCUUGUAUGCAGGAUCCCAAAAAUGGGAAAUGUCUUCAUUGCUUGGUUGUUAAAACUGGAUAUGAGAGCUACAAGCUUGUUAGUAAUGCACUUGUUGAUAUGUAUGCCAAACAGGGAGACCUAGCUUGUGCGAUUAAUGUUUUCAACAGCAUGGUUGAGAAGGAUGUAAUCUCAUGGACAUCACUUGUCACUGGUUGUGCUCACAAUGGCUUUUAUGAAGAAGCUCUGAAAUUAUUCUAUGAGAUGAGAACGGCUGAAAUUAAACUAGACCAAAUUAUCAUUGCUAGUGUUCUAAGUUCUUGCUCAGAGUUGGCACUACAUGAACUUGGGCAGCAAGUUCAUGCGGAUUUUAUUAAAUCUGGCCUUGAGGCAUCAUUAUCAGUUGAUAAUUCUCUUAUGACAAUGUAUGCCAAUUGUGGGUGCCUUGAAGAUGCCAAAAAAGUAUUCAUCUCAAUGCAAAUGCAUAAUGUGAUCAGUUGGACUGCUCUCAUAGUGGCUUAUGCCCAGAAUGGCAAAGGAAAGGAGUCUCUGAGAUUUUUUGACGAGAUGAUUGCGAGUGGAAUAGAACCUGACUUUAUUACAUUUAUAGGCCUGUUGUUUGCCUGCAGCCAUACAGGCCUUGUUGACGAUGGAAAGAAGUACUUCGCUUCAAUGAAGAAAGAUUAUGGGAUAAGACCAGGCCCUGAUCACUAUGCAUGUAUGAUCGAUCUUUUGGGCCGUGCGGGGAAAAUACAGGAGGCUGAGAAGUUAGUUAAUGAAAUGGAUAUUGAACCUGAUGCUACUGUGUGGAAAGCGUUGCUUGCUGCAUGUAGAGUACAUGGGAACACAGAUCUAGCAGAGAAAGCUUCAAUGGCCCUCUUUCAGCUGGAACCACAAGAUGCUGUCCCUUAUGUUAUGUUGUCAAAUAUCUAUUCUGCUGCUGGAAAAUGGGAAAAUGCAGCAAAACUUAGAAGAAAAAUGAAUUCGAAGGGUUUAAACAAAGAGCCUGGUUAUAGUUGGAUUGAGAUGAAUGGAGUGGUGCACACAUUUAUAUCUGAGGAAAGAAGUCAUUCAAAGAGUGAUGAAAUUUACUCAAAACUUGAGGAUGUUAUUGCAUUGAUAAAGGAAGCUGGAUAUGUGCCAGACACAAUUUUUUCUCUCCAUGAUAUCAAUGAAGAAGGAAGGGAACAAAGUCUUUCUUAUCACAGUGAGAAAUUGGCUAUUGCUUUUGGGCUUCUUUAUGUGCCAAAAGGAGUACCAAUUCGGAUUUUGAAGAACCUUCGUGUAUGUGGUGACUGCCAUAAUGCAAUGAAAUUCGUGUCAAGAGUUUUUGAUCGACAUAUUAUUUUGCGAGAUUCAAAUUGUUUUCAUCAUUUUAAGGAAGGGAUAUGUUCUUGUGGGGAUUAUUGGUAGAAAACACUCCUUUAAAUUGUUGUGGCUCUUGUUUCCUUUGCGCUUGGAAAGAUAAGAACAUUCAAUUUUAUUGAUUGGGUUUGCAGCUCAAUCCAAGGUUUACAGUUCACAUCUGUAUAUUACUAACUGCUAACAAUGCAGAUCAUUUAUUCGAAAAUGGAAACUAAAAGUUAAAAGUUUUAUGCAGCUCAAUGUGAAUGAUAAGAUUUAUUGAAAUUGAUUGCUCUCUGAGACUUAUAUGAGAGUCGACCCCUUGUCCUUAUUUUGCAGCACUCUCCCACGGCAGGCACCAAUUGCCACUCCCCGGCAUCUGGGAGAUAACUUGUCCUCAUUCUGAGAAAUAUUUUUGACUCCGUGAAGGCAGGGUCUGAUGAUCCUGAAGAAAGCUUCGUUCUACAUGAUUAUGUGAUGAGUUUUCCUACACAGGAACUUGUUGCUUUCCCACCUUGCAAGCAUAUGGUAACGUGGAUAAUAUUUCAUAAACCCGUGCUCAUUGCCUGCCUUCGGUUUUCUGGGGGGCCUCAGUCCCAGUCUUUAUUGUGAGCAUAUGACAAGAGCAUAAUAUUUCAUAAAGCCUAUUGUUCAUUACCUGCCUUAGGUUGUAUGGACCAGAAGAAAAGCACAUGUUAUUGAAUAAAGUAUGUUCAUCAUUCCCAAGUCCUCUAUGACAACAGAGCCCUUUCCAUUGAAGUCAAUGAGCCUUUCCUAUUAUGGGAGCAAGCAUGGUACCAUAACUACACACAUUUCUUGGUACCAUCCCCUAUGGAGUGGAUGAAAACGAAACACAAAAAAAGCUGAUAAUGUUCUCGAUCGAGGCAGUAAUUAGCGAUCAGGAUCUCCAACAAGACUAUGGGACAGGUUUGAAAGGCACAUUCUCUUUUGUUUGAUCCGGGAUACUCAACUUGUUUCUUGGCAAGAGACUUAAAAAUAGGUUCACAAAAAAUAAGUUAAAAGUAAAAAACAAGUCUAUUGAUAGAUUGAUUAGAAUGUCAUAAUAUCGUUGUUGUGAUAGUUAUAUCUGUGAUGGUGUACUCUCAUUUUAUAGAUCAAAUAGUUGUCUGUUACCAAUUCAUAAUCCAUCUAUACCACAUGCCUAGUACUUUGUGCAGUUGUCAAUAAGUAGACCUAUCUUGAUUGUCCUUAUUUAUUGAAUAGAGAUGUAAUCUCCCUGGUUCAAAUUAGCUGUGAUCACAGGACCACAAAAUUGUACUUAUUUAGGUGCUGAUUUUUAUAAGAGAGAUUGUACUUGAUGUUAGCUAGUGCUUUGA